GUGGACGUAGCUUUUUUUCGCCCAAUGCCAGACUGAAGCAUCGAGCGCCACCGGACAGUUGUUGGAAUGACACUAGAAUAUUUGUGUGUUCUUGAGAUUUCCAGUUGAAGUGUGACCGUUUCGCCGUGUGAGAAUUUUUAAAAACGAACUGUAUCAGAACUUUUUUCUAAACCAAGUGUACUUUUUAAAGUGUUCCCUUGAAAUAAAUAACAAAAAAGAACUUUCAAGACUCUUAUUGUAUAUUGUGAUUUAAGUGAAUUAAAUAUAAAAAUAAACUUCAUCAUGCAGGACGUAACUCGUCGUGCUUCGCGCGUUGGCUCACUUCGACGUGGAUCCAUCUCACAACUACCACAAAAAACACACGAAAUCCCAUGGGAUAUUCUUGAACGAUUGCUGAUGCCAUUCCUUUUUUGUCAUGCAGCUGCCAUUAUUAUUUCGACAUUCUUACACGCAUUUGACAUAUCUCAUGUGUCAACAUUUGCUAUUUUCGUUUGGUUUGCCCUGUCAACAGUUGGUGCUGUUCUGUUCUAUCAUUUUGUCAAGGUUUCUGCGUCAGGUAAAGGUGUCCUUAUAACCGGAUGUGAAUCGCCCAUUGCUUGGUACUUGGCUAAAAAGCUCGAUGACUUGGGCUUUACCAUUUAUGCUGGAUUCAGUGUUCCUAUUGAAGACUGCGAAGAGGCGAAAAUAUUGAAAGAAGAAACUUCUGGUCGUAUGAAGGUUCUUCAUGUUGAUGUUUGCUCCGAAAAAACUCUUUUGGAAACUUGCCUAUUCAUUUCGGAAAACCUUCCUAAUGGAGCUACUGGAUUAUGGUCAGUUAUUCAUUGUGCUCAUUGGAUUGCUUUUGGUGAGCUUGAGUGGAUUCCGUUUGCAGUGCUUCGUAAAUCUUUGGAUCUUAACCUUCUCGGAGCUGCACGCCUCACACAAAUCAUGUUGCCCCUCAUCCGACGCUCUAAUGGACGUAUUGUAUUUUUAACCUCCGGCUUAAAUAAAGUUCCGUCGCCUGUACGUGGCAUUCAAUGUGCCACCCAGGCAGCUGUGGAAACUCUUGCCGCUUGCAUGCGUCAAGAAAUGCGUCCUCGUGGUGUCGAUGUAACUGUUGUUGCAGCUGGGGAGUUUUCCCCCGGCAAUGCUUGGCUUGAUGAUGCCAAACUCAGGGAACAGGCCAAGGAAAUGUGGGAGCAAUUAUCUGACGAACAGAAGAAAAUCUAUGGUGAGGAUUACUAUGAAGCUGCUAUGACGUCAAUGGAAACUUUCAACAAAGAGUCUGCCGAUAUCCAGCCCACGCUCCGUGUUCUAAUUGAUGCUGUAACACGCACUUUUCCAAUGGCCCGUUAUACUCCUGUAACUGGAACUGAGAAGCUUCAAAUCUUCAUGGCCGAACAUUUUCCAGCAGGAUUAUACGAGGCAUUGUAUGCUAGGAAGUAGAUUGAGGAACUUCUAAUGCCGAUUGACUUAUAUUCGGAUAGAUGAUGAACGAUUAAUAUAAUUUAUGGUUGCUUUUUGCACUUAGAGAACGCAUUUGUUAAUAAUUUAGUGUUGCAUAUUAAAAUACAUUAUUUUUCAUUUCAUGAACUUCAUGUUCAUAUAUAUAUUUCAAUUAGGUAUGCAAUUUUAUAAUAAUUUUAACUUUAUAUGAAAAUAUUUUUGUGUAUCACUGUUCUUUAAAAU